CUCGAUAUCUUUAUCCAGAACCAUCUCUCUCUCUCGCAUUCAUAUUAAGCUGACAGUGAGUCACAACAAUCUUUCUCCACGUAGUUGAGUCCCCGCCACCUGGCAUUCACCCUCGUUAAUCCCAAUGCGCCUUCUUCACUCCCUCCCCACAUAAUCCCCCCAAUAUCUCCUCUCACAGAGAGAGAUAUUGAGAGCGAGAGAGAUAGAGAGAGAGAGAUUCACCGUCAUUCUCAUUCUCAAUUCCCGCAAUGAAACACAAACCCUCACAAUCACAAACCACCACCGUCUCUCAACCACAAGACCCUCGCCAUCUCGUCCGCGAGACUCUCCGCAUCAGCGCCAAUCUCGCCUCCGCUCCGCCCUCGCCGCCGCAGUCAUCUGCCGCCGCGCCUCCGCCGCCAAUUCAGAACCAGUUCGUUGAUUCGAGCUUGCGGUUGAUUUGCAGCGAGGAGAUCGACGGCCGAAAGUGGAAUUACUUUGCGCCGAAUGAGGAUUUAUUUGGCCCUGCCAAGUUUUCGAAAGGCUCGAUUCGUGCUGUCAGCUUGCAAUCACCCAAAGCACCUGUUGAUGAAUUAGUUUCAUUUGUUAGAUCUUAUGUAGUUCCAGAAGGUUUUCCCGAUAGUGUUAUCCCAUCGUAUGUCCCAUACAUGACAUGGAGAGCAUUGAAGCAUUUUUUUGGCGGAGCAAUGGGUGUUUUCACAACACAGACACUUUUGAACUCAGUUGGAGUCUCUAGAAACCAAUCUAUUCCUGGGGCUGUUGCUAUUAAUUGGAUUCUCAAGGAUGGAGCAGGCCGUGUUGGGAAGAUGAUCUUUGCUCGCCAAGGGAGAAAAUUCGACUAUGAUCUGAAACAGCUCCGAUUUGCUGGUGAUCUUUUAAUGGAGUUGGGAGCUGGUGUAGAACUGGCAACUGCAGCUGUACCACACCUAUUCCUCCCUCUAGCCUGUGCUGCUAAUGUAGCCAAGAAUGUUGCUGCUGUGACAUCAACAUCUACUCGUACCCCAAUAUACAAAGCCUUUGCUAGAGGAGAAAACAUUGGGGAUGUUACUGCCAAAGGAGAAUGUGUUGGAAAUAUUGCAGAUCUGUUGGGUACUGGGUUGAGCAUCAUGAUUGCAAAAGGAAAUCCAUCUCUGGUUACCACAUUUGCGUUACUCUCUUGUGGAUAUGUUUUUAGCUCUUACCAAGAGGUCAAAUCUGUUGUAUUGCAUACAUUGAACAGGGCAAGAUUUACAGUGGCUGUUGAUUCCUUUCUUAAGACUGGGCGGGUACCAACAUUGCAGGAGGGAAAUGCAAUGGAAAGUGUAUUUAAUCUUCCAUGGAUUAACCACAGUCCCAUUGUUCUUGGAUCAAGAUUUAAAGAUGCGUUCCAAGAUGCAAAGUCUUACCUCUCCAUAGAGCCUGUUUUUGAGAAAGAAAGAUAUGUAGUGGCAUAUAACCCUACCAAGGGUAAUAUUUAUGCACUGCUUAAGGAUCAAGCAAAACCUGAUGAUAUUUUGAAAGCCACUUUCCAUGCUAAUGUACUCUUGCAUAUCAUUCGUUCAUCGACUGCGAAUAGGUCUUUGACGAAAGAAAAUGGAAUUAAUCCCUCAGUUUUGCUCCCCUCUUUUACCAAUCUUGACACUCACAUUGCAGACUCAUAUAAGAUGGUCUUAGCUUUGUUUGGGUUAUUUAAGAAUAAAGCUAAAGAACAGGGGUGGGUGAUGUCAGAAUCUCAUCUAAAUCCAGGCAGAGCUCGGCUGUGUGAAUUAGGUAGGUGAAUUUGGCAAACUCAUCGGCGCUUGCAUCCCUUAUCCAGAGCUUGAAAUUGAUCAAGUGAUUAGAAGGCUGCUUAUUUAAGAUCUUAAAGGAGAAAUUUUCACUUGUUUGAGGUAGCACUUGCAUCAUAUGCCAGUCUUUACUGUAAUAAUGAUGCCUGUAAACUAUCGGUCAGUUCAUGAUGGGCACUGGAUACCCUGGGUAUGAUGCUGUCGUUUCUUCUUGUAUAUAUUAACUGUAAACUUUUACAACCAAGAAUGUGUAUUCUGCCCAGUUGCUGUUUCUUAGGAGUGAUCGGUUGUAGGAUAGACAGGAUAGACAGACCGUAGUGGGCGAUUUGUCCUAUUUUCUAGUCUGUGAGUUGAUAUUUUUGGUUCUUUUCUCCAAAUUUUAAUUUUCUUUUACUUGA